AUGGCUGACAAUCCUCCUCAGGGAGGCAACGACCCAGACCCAGAAGUUGUGGAGGAAAACCAACAACAACCUGCGCUAGCAGGAAAUGAUGAUGAAGCCGCGCAAGCCAAUCAACAAGGCGGACAACAGGCCAACCCUCCGGUUCCCGAUCUCCUAAACAACUUGAUCGCAGCAGCAGCCGUUGCUGCAAACCCAUUCAAUCAACAAGGUCAACAACAAGGUCAGCAACAAGGUCAGCAACAAGGUCAGAACGCCGGUCAACCGCAAGGUGGAACCAACAAUGCUGCGAAUCUACUAGGGCAGCUAUUGGCUCAUCCACAAGGAAUGAAUCUACUAGGUCAGCUCAUCACAAGUGCGACCAAUCCGAAUGCGACCACUCCGACUACCCAUACUCCCCAAUAUGGAGCGUUUCCAUCGACUUCAGGAACUACUCCUAUCGACAUUGGAACUUCCUACGGCAUCAAACAGUACUCAAAGGCAGUCGAUUCCCUCUACUCUAGUGGUGAAGACAAGUUUGAUUUGCAACCAGCAAGACUACUAAAUUUUAUCGAGAGAAUCCAAACUAGAGCCCUUGAGGCGGGAUGGACCAUCAUCUUCCAGGUUCAAAACUCCGCAAGAAACAACGCCACUGACGACUUCCUGCAACUCCAUGGACAGAUCUCUAUCGAAGAUGUUCGACGCCAUGAGCAAGCCUACCUUGUUCAAGCCGACAGCCGCAGCAAGCAAAGCUCUCUCCACCUGCAGCUCUGCAUCUACAAGUCGCUCACGGAAUCUGCCCAAGCUAAAGUCUUACGGGACAAAAAUCUCUUCACCAUGAAUGGAAUGAGAGGCGGAUUGGCGUAUCUGAAGGUGGUCCUCCUGAGGACAACUCCCGCCAGCAACUCCAAUGUGAAUCACAUCCGACGUCAACUUGCAAAACUUCCCGAGUACAUGACCAAGGUUGGAUCAAACGUUGAAAAGUUCAAUCUUCACGUUUCCGAGCAACUUGAGAACCUUGCCCACUAUGGGGAGGAGUCCAAGGAUGUACUGAUCCACCUGUUUGAAGGGUACAAGGCAGCAUCUGAUAAGUCAUUUGUUUCAUACAUUGAGAGAAAAGAAGAAAAACAUGAGGACAACUCCGAGCCAACCAAUGAACCCAAGCUCAUGCAAGACGCCGAAAACUAUUACAAGAAUCGUGUUCGUGAUCAAACCUGGAAUCGCCCUGACGAAAACCAACAAGCUAUCCUCUCGCUGAAGGCCGAGUUCAAGCACAUCAAAAACUCCAAGAAGUCUGAAAGCGGAAAGAAGAAAGACAAUGACAAGAAGUCCGGCGGUGGUAAGAAUAAAGGCAAGGGCAAAACCAACAAUAAGCAAAAAUCUAUGAAUGUACCUGCAUGGAAGACCACUGCGCCAAAAGCAGAAGACAAACUUAAAGCAAAGUAUGUUGACGGUGACUCCAAGCCCUGGUAUUGGUGCGAAGCCCUCAAGAAAUACUGCCGCCACACUCCGGAUCAAUGCAACCAAGAUCAAAACAAAAACAACAAAAAGGACAAGAUCAAGCUCAGAGCCGCCAUGGCCGAGAAUUACGCCCCGUCCGACUCUGAUACCGAUGAAGAAUGA